AUGAGUAAGAAUUGGGCUCGGGUAGUGGAAGAAGAGAUGGAUGCUAAUGAAGGUCAGGAAACUCUCCAGGAUUCAGCACGAAAGCAUUGGAAUUCAUUUGCGAAGGAAAAUAGGUUUGCUCGUGACCCCCAUCUUACAUAUCAGGAACCUCUGAUUAAGAAUGGCAUUAAGAUUGCUCAAGUCGACCCUGAGGAGGUGAAGAUCCAAGCUGCAAACUGGAGCUCUGCUGUAAUCUGUAUGGUACUUGGUGCGAACCCUCCAAUGGCAGUGUUUGAGGGAUAUAUUAAGCGGGGCCAUCUUGGGAUUGUGCAGAUAGCACGUAUGACCAUGGGAUUAACAAUGGUGAAAUUUAAUGAUGAGGCGACUAGAGAUCUGGUUUUAGAGAAUGGUGUUCUUCAGUUUGAUAGAAAACCAGUUAUAGUCAGACCGUGGUCUUCAGAUCUAGAUGCGGUGAAGUUAAUCCGAUAUGUUCCAUUAUGGAUUCGACUUCAUGAUCUAGGUCUUCAAUACUGGGGGAACAAAUGCCUAAGUGCAUUGGUUAGUACUGUUGGGAAGCCUAUAAUGGUGGAUCAGUAUACAAGGGAUCGCUCUAGGAUUCAAUUUGCUAGGAUUCUGGUUGAGAUGGAUAUAACGGAUGCACCACCAAGAAUGAUUCAAUUUCUAAAUGAAAAUGGUCAGUUGGUGGAGCAGGGGAUAGAUUACGAAUGGUUACCUGUGAAAUGUAAAACAUGUUUGGGUUAUGGCCACAUUAUGGCAGACUGUAGGAAAGGGGAAGUUGAGAAGAAAGUGAGGAAUAUAGAGAGGAAGGCUCCUAUGACUAAACCAGAGGAACGCUCUCAGAAUCCUCCCAUUUCGAUUCCUGUUUCCUCUAAGAUGCAACCAUCUGGUUCAGGUUCUACAACAGAUCAUGACCAAGAUGCUAGGCAUAGGUCAGUGAACGUUUUCAGUAUUUUGCAGGAAAAGGAGGGAUAUGUGGAAGAGGCGGUAGAAUGUAGAGAAACAAAGGGUUCUGGUUUAUCUUCUACCUAA